UACACCACCUGGGUGAAAACAGACACAUUUUUUCUCAUUCUUUCUUUCCCCGAGUUUCUCGUUUCAUACUUCAAAUCAUCAUCACCUCCAUCUCAUUUCAGAGAAUUUGUUCUUCAGUUUCUUCUUCAAGGCCUGAGAGGAAAAUGGAAGGAGGAAGAGAUUCAAUAUUAUCAGGCCUUGGUGGUGGUGGUGGUGGAGAAGAAAAUAAUAAUAAUAAUAAUAAGGUGAUAGCAACAUUUCAGAAGAGUUUUAUACAAGUACAGAAUAUUUUAGAUCAAAACAGAUUGUUAAUCAAUGAGAUUAAUGCUAAUCAUGAAUCUAAAUUACCUCAUAAUCUGAGUAGAAAUGUUGGGUUAAUUAGAGAACUUAAUAACAACAUUAGAACGGUGGUUCAUCUUUAUGAUCAGCUAUCAACUUCUUUUGCUAAAUCCAUGGAAGUCUCUUCUCAAGAAGCUGAUUCUGCUGCUACUACUAGUAAUAAUGCUUCCAAAUCAUCACAAUCCGGUCAAAAACGUAUUCGACCCGGAUAACAAACAUCGAAUUGAUUCAUGGGUUUUUCGGGGUAGUAAUUUGGCAGUCUCAUAGAAAUAAUAGUGUUCUCCAUUUUGUAAAUUCAGUCAGUCUCUAUAUGUAACUGUGUUCUAUUUUAAUGGAUGGAAGAAAAAAAAUUUAACAUUUUGUUGUUCCUCCCCAUUUUUGUUCUUGAGUUUGUUGCUGGUUGAAUUAUACAUUUAAUUGAUUAAACCAAAUUUAAUUA